AUGGGAACCUCAAGGAUUCUCUGCAUUGUUUUCUUUGUGAUUUUGGGUUUAGGAAUAUGUUCUGCUGCAAGAACACUCCUCACGCUCGGUGUAGAAGACCAACAAAUCAAUGAUCAUGGAAUCAUCCAUGGUGAUGAUGUUGCUGUGGAUCUACACUAUAGGUGCCAUAAACACCGUGGAUGUAGGAGACCUUAUUAUGGCGGCGGAAAUGGUGGAAACGGUGGAGGAGGUGGAAAUGGUGGGUAUAAUAAUGGCGAUGGUGGAAACGGCGGAAACGGAGGAAGUGGUGGGUUUAAUGGAGAUGGUGGAGACGGCGGAAUCGGUGGAAAUGGUGGGUUUAAUGGAGACGGUGGUAAUGGCGGAAGUGGCGGAAGCGGUGGAAAAUUCGGAGAUGGUGGAAAUGGUGGAAAAGGUGGAAGUGGUGGCUUUAAUGGGGAUGGUGGAGACGGCGGAAUCGGUGGAAACGGUGGGUUUAAUGGAGACGGUGGUAAUGGUGGAACUGGCGGAAGCGGUGGCAAAUUUGGAGAUGGUGGAGAUGGUGGAAAAGGUGGAAGUGGUUAUGGAAAUAAAUAUGUUAUGGGGAAAACCAAAAGAGAUAAUAUAGAAGAGAGUGAACAUGUAAGAUAUGGAGGUAGGGGAUCUCCUAGCUUUGGUGGCAAAGGAGGAGACGGUGGACACGGCGGACACGGAAUACAUGGAGGUGGUGGUGGUGGAGGUGGCGGUGGAGGAGGAGGUGGGAUAGGUGGUCAAAAUGGUGGAAGAGGUGGAGAUGGGGGAAGUGGUGGAGGUCAUCACCCUUAA